AUGGUGCUUCACUGCGUGCGAUCCAUAUUAAAUUUCUUUCAGAUGGGUAAAGGUUCCUUCAAAUAUGCUUGGGUGCUGGACAAGCUGAAGGCCGAGCGUGAGCGUGGUAUUACCAUCGAUAUCGCUCUCUGGAAGUUUGAGACAUCCAAGUACUAUAUUACCAUCAUUGAUGCUCCAGGACAUCGUGACUUCAUUAAGAACAUGAUUACUGGUUCGUUUAUAGAGAUUUUGAUAGCGUUUUUCGAGUACUGA